AUGGAUACCCCAAAUGUAAGAGAUGAUGAGGUAGUGACUGAUAAUCAUGGUGUAGUGCUGGGAUAUGAUGAUGAUGACGUGAGAUGUGUUUAUGAUUCUCAGACUUCCGACGAGUUUGAGAAGUCUUGGGAGGUGUUUAUUGACACUUACAAUUUGAAGGAAAUGCAUGGCUUCAAAUUCUCUAUAGCAAUUACCACGUAUGAACUUAAUGACCAAAGGGAAGUUGAAGACGGUAUCAAGAAGUCAACUUUGCAAGCAUACUUCAAUGAAGAUGAGUGUGAGGCAAAGUGCAUGUGUGGACUAUUUGAGAUGAGAGGGAUUAUAUGUAGACACUUUCUUUCAAUUUUAGCCACAAGGGAUGUCCAAGUGUUGCCGAAAAAGUACAUUAUGGAGAGGUGGAGGAAGGACAUUAAACGUAGAUAUGCUCUCAUUCAAAACAAUUACGAUGACUUAAAUGGUAAACCAGCUGCUAGUCAGUACUCUGGUUUGAUAAAAUUAUGUUUCGAAGUUGCUACAAAUGCAUGUGAAAGCGAAGAUAAUUCCCUAAACAUGACACAGAAGCUAAAGGCAAUGAAUGAGAUUUACACUAAAUCGAAGCCCCAAGCCACAGUUGCAAGCACUCAAGCUUCCAUUGAUGCCGAAAUUGGAAGUUCGAAGAAAGUGUUGAGCCCUCGUGUUGUCAAAGGCAAAGGGAGACUCCCAUCAAAGAGGAGACAACCUACAAUAGAGAAGUUGCAAACCAAAAAUAAAAAGGCUGGUAGCAAGCGACAAACAAAGAAUGUAUGGAAGAUUUAA